AUGCGUCUCUUCGACCCCCACGCCCCGACUCUUCGCGCCCUCAGCGGCACCAACAUCCGCCUCAUGAUGGGCGUCUCCCACUCCGACCUCUGCGAUCUCUCUAACUGCCCCCAGGCGGCGACCUCCUGGGUCCGCCAGAACAUACUCCGCUUCCCGAAUGUCACGUUCCGCUACAUCAUCGCCGGGAACGAGAUCGACCCCAAUUCUGAACUGGGGUCGUUCGUGUUCCCGGCGAUGCAGAACAUGUACCGCGUGACCCGCGCGGCCGGGCAGGGUGGUCGCGUCCAAGUCUCGACGUCCAUCCAUAUAAGCCUCCUGAGACGGUGCAGCCCGCCCCAGGCGGCCGCGUUCAAGUGCAGCGUGAACUGGUUCAUCCGCCCGAUCCUCGAGUUCUUGAGGGAAACCCGAGCCCCGAUGCAUAUCAAUAUAUUCCCCUUCAACGCCUACAUCAACGACCGGAGGAACAUCAACCUCUCCUUCGCCCUUCUGCAGCCCAACAGCGGUGUCGUUCUCGGCGGCGUCUACUACGACAACCUCUUCUACGUGAUCCACGACGCCUUCAUUGCCGCCAUGACCAAAAUCCUUGCGGCAGCAUCGCCAUUAUCCCUUCAACAAACACAUGAAAUGCAGUCUGGAAUGCAGGUUAAUUAA